AGGCCUGUCGGCCACCAAGCCCAGAUCUGAGAUCGCCUCACAAACUGGAGAAACUGGGUAAACUACUCGUCUCACCAACCGCCCCAAGUGGACUGUAUAAAGCGGUGGUCCGACAAGAAGCUCAGCAAGGCCACCGAGCAAGCUCUGUCGACGGUGCGGAAGCAAGAAAGAAAACUGAGGACGAUGGCUGCGGCGGCCGGGAGCAGCGACGGCGUGGUGAAGCACCUUCUUCUCGCGCGGUUCAAGGACGAGGUGACGCCGGAGCGGCUGGACGGGCUCAUCCGCCGCUACGCCGCGCUCGUGGACGCCGUCCCCUCCAUGAAGGCCUUCCACUGGGGAACCGAUGUGAGCAUAGAGAACAUGCAUCAGGGAUUCACCCACGUCUUCGAGUCCACUUUCGAAAGUACAGAGGGAGUCAAGGAGUACAUUGAACACCCUGCACAUGUAGAGUAUGCAAAUGAACUCUUGCCUUUAAUGGAGAAAGUCCUCGUAAUUGACUACAAGCCAGCAGCUGGCAAAGCAUAGCAUGUCUGGGAGCUUAUUUGUUCGGACUCUGUUAUACUUGAUUGUGCUUUAGUUGGGAUUUCAUCUGUUAUUUACCAGUUCUAUCUGUACCUUGUCCUAAAUAAGUCUUCCUGUAGUUUAAAUAAUAGAUUUCCUUAAUUAUUGAAAUAAUUUUGGACAUUUUGUAUCAAAGAUUCUGCUUUGUUACUAUGAUCUUAUUUACUUCGGUAUUGUCCA